GACAAAACAAAGUCCAACCUCAGAGGUCCACCGCUUUCCCAUGGUUUCUGACUUUCCCCAACCAGUUCGGACUUUGCUUGCCAAAGCAUUUUACUGUUUAUGGAUGUUUACAUUGUCUGACAAGUACAUUGUAACCAGUCUUGCACUACUUCUUUCACUAGUACUACUGCCCAAAAGCUUCAAUCUUUAUUCUCCAGUCUUCAUCAUCAUGCUACCCAGAAGCAAAAGCCGCUUGCUUUUUAUAUUGCUCACUUUGUUAAGCUGCUUAUUCAGCUUGGUGAGAUCUCAGACUCAGCAAGUUCCCCAAGAUGAAAUCGAUGCUCUGGAAGAAAUUACUCGUACACUGGGUGCUAAGUAUUGGAAAUUUAAUGGUGGUUCUUGCCAAAUUGAAAUGGUUGGGGUAACUACGGAGCCGCCAAAGGAUGCUGAGAGUAGCAUUGAAUGUCAAUGCAACAGCACUGUCUGUCACGUCGUAAAGCUAGGCCUCAAGAGGUUUAGUCUACCUGGCACGCUUCCACCUCAACUGGCGAAACUACCAUACCUUAGAGAAAUUGAUUUGGUUUACAAUUAUCUUAGUGGUACAAUACCAGCAGAAUGGGGUUCAAUGCAGUUAACUUCAAUCUUUCUUCUUGUAAAUCGCUUAUCAGGGGAGAUUCCAGUGGAGCUGGCAAAUAUUACCACUCUCAGAUACCUGAGUCUUGAAGCAAAUCAAUUCUCUGGAGUUGUUCCUCCUCAGCUUGGGAGUUUAAUCAACUUGGAAAGUCUGAUAUUGUCCUCCAAUUAUUUGACUGGAAACAUACCAAAGACAUUCGCUGGGCUAAGAAAUCUAACAGACCUUAGGAUAAAUGAUAACAGCUUCAAUGGGACUAUACCUGAUUUUAUACAGAAUUGGAAACAACUCAAUAGAUUAGAAAUACAUGGGAGUGGGCUUCGUGGACCUAUCCCGUCAAACAUAUCUCUCCUGAGUAAUUUAGCUGAGUUGAGGAUUAGUGAUUUAAAUGGAAUAGAGCAGGAUUUUCCUAUGUUGAAAAACAUGCCUGGCCUAGUCAGAUUGAUUCUGAGAAACUGUAACAUUUCUGGAGAGAUCCCUCCGUACCUAUGGACCCUGCAGAAACUGGAAAUGCUGGAUCUGAGUUUUAACAAGUUGAUAGGAGAAAUUCCAACCACAAUCAGCUUAAAGCGUUUGAAAUUCCUAUUCUUAACUGGCAACUCCUUGAUUGGAAGUGUACCGGACUCAAUCUUCAUAGAUGGAAGCAAUGUUGAUCUUUCGUACAAUAACUUCACAUGGCAAGGCCCUGAGCAACCUGCUUGUCAGGAGAACAAGAAUCUAAACCUGAACUUGUUUCGAAGCUCUUCAUCAGAGACUGACUUAAGGAGAGGUCUUCCGUGCUUGAAGAAUUUGAUUUGUCCUCGUUAUUCAACUUGUUUGCAUGUAAAUUGUGGUGGGAAUGACAUUACCGUCAAAGAAAAUAAAGAAAGCAUUUUGUAUCUAGGAGAUGGAGGAGUUGAAGGUGGCACUGCAAAGUAUUUCAUCAAGGAUGAUCACUAUUGGGGAUUUAGUAGCACCGGAGACUUCUUGGAUGACUAUGAUUUCCAAAAUACACGUUACUCCGUAUCUCUGGCAUCUUUGAAUCACUCUGAAUUAUAUAAAACGGCACGCAGAGCUCCAAUUUCAAUCACUUAUUUUCAUUAUUGCUUAGAAAAUGGUGACUAUACUCUAAAUCUGCACUUUGCAGAGAUACAGUUUACAAAUAACCAAACAUUUACAAGUCUUGGGAGGCGCAUAUUUGAUAUCUAUAUUCAGGAUAAACUAUGGUGGAAGGACUUCAAUAUUGAAGAUCAGGCCAAGUUGGCUGAAACUCCAGUAGUAAUACAACAUAAUAUCAGUGUGACGAAUAAUGUCUUAGAGAUCCGAUUCUAUUUUGCGGGUAAAGGGACAACCAGAAUUCCUGACAGAGGAGUUUAUGGUCCCCUUGUCUCUGCUAUUUCAGUGAAGUCUGAUUCCAAACCUUGCUCAAGUGGUGGAAAUAAGGGAACUACUCAAAUUGUCAUUGGGGUUGUAGUAGGAGCACUAUGCCUAGUCGUUCUUGUUUUAGGAAUCCUAUGGUGGAGAGGCAACUUACCUGGAAAACUGGGCAGACAGAAAGAUGGAAAAGAAUCGGAUUCCCAGAUGGGGAGUUUCACCUUAAAACAACUACAAGCUGCCACUAACGACUUUGAUUACAAUAACAAAAUUGGAGAAGGUGGUUUUGGUCCUGUCUACAAGGGUCAAUUGCCUGAUGGUACGGUGAUAGCAGUGAAGCAGCUUUCCUCUAAAUCAAGGCAAGGAAAUCGUGAAUUUUUAAAUGAGAUGGGCAUGAUAUCUUGUUUACAACACCCGAAUCUUGUGAAACUUCAUGGAUGCUGUAUCGAAGAAGGUCAAUUAUUGCUGGUCUAUGAGUACUUGGACAACAAUAACCUUGCUCGAGCUUUGUUUGGUCGAGACACUCAGAUCAAAAUGGACUGGCCAACAAGGCGUAAGAUUUGUAUUGGGAUAGCAAGAGGACUUGCUUUUCUUCAUGAAGAAUCCGUAUUAAAAAUUGUUCACCGAGACAUCAAAGCAACUAAUGUGCUGCUUGAUGUGGACUUAAACCCUAAAAUAUCCGACUUUGGACUAGCAAAGCUUGAUGAAGAGGAGAAGACACACAUAAGCACUCGAGUUGCCGGGACCGUAGGGUAUAUGGCACCGGAAUAUGCACUAUGGGGUCACCUGACCUACAAAUCAGAUGUUUACAGUUUUGGAGUAGUGGCCCUGGAACUUAUUAGUGGGAAGAACAACAAUGCGUAUAUGCCAAGUGAUGAUUGUGUUUGUCUUUUAGAUUGGGUUUGUCAUUUGCAACAAUCUGGAAAGUUGUUGGAACUAGUCGAUGAGAAGUUAGGGUCCGAGUUUGACAAAAAGGAAGCAGAGAUCAUGGUCAAAGUAGCUCUGAUAUGCACAAACGCCUCUGCUUCACUUAGGCCUAUCAUGUCUGAGGUGGUCAAAAUGCUUGAAGGACAAAAAGACGUUCCCGACGUGAUCCCAGAACCGAGUAGCUAUAGGGAAGAUUUGAGGUUCAAGGUCAUGAGAGACCUCCAUCACAAGAGGGGAACUGACAGUUCAACCAUGAGCCAAAACAAGAUAACACAUUCCCCCUACCAGUCCUGCACUACUUAUUUCACUACUGCCCAAAAGCUUCAAUCUUUAUUCUCCAGAGUCUUCAUCAUCAUGCUACCCAGAAGCAAAAGCCGCUUGCUUUUUAUAUUACUUACUUUGUUAAGCUGCUUAUUCAGCUUGUUGAGAUUUGCCGAGUCUGAAGUUCCCCAAGAUGAAAUUGAUGCUCUGGAAGAAAUUACUCGCACACUGGGUGCUAAGUAUUGGAAGUUUAAUGGUGGUUCUUGCAAAAUUGAAAUGGUUGGGGUAACGACGGAGCCACCAAAGGAUGCUGAUAGUGGCAUUGAAUGUGAAGGCAACAGCACUGUCCGUCGCGUCGUAAAGCUGGUCCUCAAGAGGUUUAGUCUACCUGGCACGCUUCCACCUCAACUGGUGAAACUACAUUACCUUAGAGAAAUUGAUUUGGCUUACAAUUAUCUUAGUGGUACAAUACCAGCAGAAUGGGGUUCAAUGCAGUUAACUUCAAUCUCUCUUCUUGUAAAUCGCUUAUCAGGGGAGAUUCCAGUGGAGCUGACAAAUAUUACCACUCUCACAUACCUGAGUCUUGAAGCAAAUCAAUUCUCUGGAGUUGUUCCUCCUCAGCUUGGGAGUUUAAUCAACUUGGAAAGUCUGAUAUUGUCCUCCAAUUAUUUGAUUGGAAACAUACCAAAGACAUUCGCUGGGCUAAGAAAUCUAACAGACUUUAGGAUAAAUGAUAACAACUUCAAUGGGACUAUACCUGAUUUUAUACAGAAUUGGAAACAACUCAACAGAUUAGAAAUACAUGGGAGUGGGCUUCGUGGACCUAUCCCGUCAAACAUAUCUCUCCUGAGUAAUUUAGAAGAGUUGAGGAUUAGUGAUAUAAAUGGAACAGAGCAGGAUUUUCCUAUGUUGAAAAACAUGGCUGGCCUAGUCAAAUUGAUACUGAGAAACUGUAACAUUUCUGGAGAGAUCCCUCCUUACCUAUGGACACUGCAGAAACUGGAAAUGCUGGAUCUGAGUUUUAACAAGUUGAUAGGAGAAAUUCCAACCACAAUCAGCUUAGAGCGUUUGAGAUUCCUAUUCUUAACAGGCAACUCUCUGAGUGGAAGUGUACCAGACUCAAUCUUCAUAGAUGGAAGCAAUGUUGAUCUUUCAUACAAUAACUUCACAUGGCAAGGCCCUGAGCAACCUGCUUGUCUGGAGAACAAGAAUCUAAACCUGAACUUGUUUCGAAGCUCUUCAUCAGAGACCAACUUAAGGAGAGGUCUUCCGUGCUUGAAGAAUUUGAUUUGUCCUCGUUAUUCAACUUGUUUGCAUGUAAAUUGUGGUGGGAAUGACAUUACCGUCAAAGAAAAUAAAGAAAGCAUUUUGUAUCUAGGAGAUGGAGGAGUUGAAGGUGGCACUGCAGAGUAUUUCUUCAACGAUGAUCACGAUUGGGGAUUUAGUAGCACUGGAGACUUCUUGGAUGACUAUGAUUUCCAAAAUACACGUUACUCUGUAUCUCUGGCAUCUUUGAAUCACUCUGAAUUAUAUAGAACGGCACGCAGAGCUCCUAUUUCAAUCACUUAUUUUCAUUAUUGCUUAGAAAAUGGUGACUAUACUCUAAUUCUGCACUUUGCAGAGAUACAGUUUACAAAUAACCAAACGUUUACAAGUCUUGGGAGGCGCAUAUUUGAUAUCUAUAUUCAGGAUAAACUAUGGUGUAAGGACUUCAAUAUUGAAGAUCAGGCCAAGUUGGCUCAAACUCCAGUAGUAAAACAACAUAAUAUCAGUGUGACAAAUAAUGUCUUAGAGAUCCGAUUCUAUUUUGCGGGUAAAGGGACAACCAGGAUUCCUGACAGUGGAGUUUACGGCCCCCUUGUCUCUGCAAUUUCAGUGAAGUCUAAUUCCAAACCUUGCUCAAGUGGUGGAAAUAAGGGAACUACUCAAAUUGUCAUUGGGGUUGUAAUAGGAGCACUAUGCCUAGUAUUUCUUGUUUUAGGAAUCGUAUGGUGGAGAGGCAACUUACCAGGAAAACUGGGCAGAAAGAAAGAUGGAAAAGAAUCUGAUACCCAGAUGGGGAAUUUCACCUUAAAACAACUACAAGCUGCCACAAACGACUUUGAUUACAGUAACAAAAUUGGAGAAGGUGGUUUUGGUCCUGUGUACAAGGGUCAAUUGCCUGAUGGUACGGUGAUAGCAGUGAAGCAGCUUUCCUCUAAAUCAAGGCAAGGAAAUCGUGAAUUUUUAAAUGAGAUGGGCAUGAUAUCUUGUUUACAACACCCGAAUCUUGUGAAACUUCAUGGAUGCUGUAUCGAAGGAGGUCAGUUAUUGCUGGUCUACGAGUACUUGGAGAACAAUAACCUUGCUCGAGCUUUGUUUGGUCGAGACACUCAGAUCAAAAUGGACUGGCCAACAAGGCGUAAGAUUUGUAUUGGGAUAGCAAGAGGACUUGCUUUUCUUCAUGAAGAAUCUGUACUAAAAAUUGUUCACCGGGACAUCAAAGCAACUAAUGUGCUGCUUGAUGUGGACUUAAACCCUAAAAUAUCUGACUUUGGACUAGCAAAGCUUGAUGAAGAGGAGAAGACGCACAUAAGCACCCGAGUUGCUGGGACCAUAGGGUACAUGGCACCGGAAUAUGCACUAUGGGGUCACCUCACCUACAAAGCAGAUGUUUACAGUUUUGGAGUAGUGGCUCUGGAACUUAUUAGUGGGAAGAACAACAAUGCUUAUAUACCGAGUGAUGAUUGCGUUUGUCUUCUAGAUUGGGCUUGUCAUUUGCAACAAUCUGGAAAUUUGUUGGAGCUAGUUGAUGAGAAGUUAGGGUCCGAGUUUGACAAAAAGGAAGCAGAGAUCAUGAUCAAAGUAGCUCUGAUAUGUACAAACGCCUCUGCUUCACUUAGGCCUAGCAUGUCUGAGGUGGUCAAAAUGCUUGAAGGACAAAUAGCCGUUCCGGACGUGAUCCCUGAACCGAGUAGCUACCGGGAGGAUUUGAGGUUUAAGGCCAUGAGAGACCUCCAUCGGCAGAGGGAAACUGACAGUUCAACUAUGAGCCAAACACAAAUGACAGUCCAAACAUUCUGCUCCACCUCUAGCACAUCUGGCAUUGACUCCUGUGAAAUCAACCCAGAAUCCGUACCCCCUUCCGAGAAGUGAGAAUUCUAUAGUAAAUGUAUCUGCAGAGUAGCAGUUCCAUUUCCAUAGUAAUUUCUUUCUGUAUAUAUGUUCCCUCUUGGUUCUGUUAUUUGGUUAUUCUUUUAGGGAUUAGAGAAUACUUAUUACCGGCCUUCUCUCCUUCGAUUGGUUCGAUGUAUACAGCUUGAUGGUUCUAUAAAGUUGACAUUGCUAUUUGAUAUACAGGGGUUGUUGAUCAAUUGACAGCCCUGAUGUUUGACUCCAUAGCAAACGAUACCUAGGAAUAGUGAAUAAUGAGGUUCCGUAUUUGUUGUAAGCUCUGCUAGUGUUGCCUACAUUGAACACCAAGUUACUGUGGGUCAGUGAAUGGGCUUCAUGUAAGCCUAAUAUUCGGUUGGGCCAACCACGUUGUAGUAUUUUCUCUUUUCAUCAGAUAUAGAAUGUUUCAUGGAUUUGAAAUGUGAACCGGAAAGUUCUAGAGAUCUUUUUCUCAAGAGGGAACUUCUGAUCGA